AUGGAUUUUUUUGGAAUUCCACACAAUACUUACACCCUUAACAUCCUCAUUAACUCUUUCUGCCAUUUGAACCGCUUGGGUUUUGCUUUCUCUGUUUUAGGCGAAAUCCUCAAACUUGGGUAUCAACCCAGUACUGCAACCUUCACUACUCUGAUUAGGGGCCUCUGUGUCGAGGGUAAAAUUGGUGAAGCCCUCCAACUGUUUGAUAAAAUGAUUGGGGAAGGUUUUCAUCCCGAUGUACUUACCUAUGGAACUCUGAUAAAUGGGUUAUGCAAAGUGGGAAAUACUAGUACAGCCAUCAGGUUUCUUAGGAGCAUGGAACAAGGAAAUUGCCGGCCUACCGUUGUUGUAUAUAGCACCAUCAUUGAUAGCCUUUGUAAGGAUAGACAAUUGACUGAAGCAUUGAGCCUUUUUUCGGAUAUGCUCGCUAAAGGCAUUUCACCCAAUAAUUUUACUUACAGCUCAUUAAUUCAUGGCCUAUGCAUUUUAGGUCAUUGGAAAGAAGCCAUAAGAUUGUUUUAUGCAAUGAUACAUAGGAAAAUAAUGCCAGAUCAGCUAACCUUUAAUACAUUAGUGGAUGCACUCUGUAAAGAAGGAAUGGUUGCCAAAGCACAUUAUGUAGUUGACAUGAUGAUCCAAAGUGAUCUGAAGCCUGAUGUAGUCACUUACAAUUCACUGAUGGACGGACAUUGUUUAAGGUCUGAAAUGGGUAAGGCAGUUAAUGUAUCUGAUACGAUGGUUCGUAAGGGUUGUGUGCCGAGUGUUAUUAGCUAUACAACCUUGAUCAAUGGAUAUUGUAAGAUUCAAAUAAUGGAUAAGGCCAUGGGUCUCUUUGAAGAAAUGUCUCGGCAAGGAUUGAUUCCUGACACUGUGACUUACAACACUCUUAUACACGGCUUAUGCCAUGUGGGAAGACUCCGGGAUGCAAUAGCACUUUUUCAUGAGAUGGUAGCUUAUGGUCAAAUUCCAGAUCUUGUUACUUACCGCAUUUUAUUUGACUAUCUAUGCAAAAAUCAUCGUCUUGCUGAAGCAAUGGUCUUGCUGAAAGCUAUUGAAGGUACUAAUUUGGAUCCUGAUAUACAUAUUUAUAGUAUUGUCAUGGAUGGCAUGUGUAGAGCUGGUGAGCUUGAAGCUGCAAGGGAUCUCUUUUCCAAUCUCUCCUCCAAAGGUUUGCAUCCUGAUGUUAGGACUUAUACUAUAAUGAUCAAUGGGCUUUGUCAACAAGGGUUAUUGGCCGAAGCAAAGUGUUUGAAGAAAUUGGAGAAGAAAUUCAUCUCUUCUCUAAUGAUGGGGCUCACUCAAACUUGGCUAAUGGUCAAUAUUCCAGAAAUGGAAGUAAAUGACUCAAAAGAGCUCACUAUAAAGAGGGGUCUCAAGAAGGUGGUGGAAUGGAAGACUGAUUUGCCUGUGCAAAAUGAUAUUUCUGUAUCUAGAGGAAGCCCACAAGCUGAAGGACAUGUUCCCUCAGUGAGAACCUAG